AGUUUAGAUGAUGUGCCAGCCCUGCAACUGCAGCACAAACUGUCACUUUCUGUGCUCUGUGUGGCACUGGCUUGUAUUUGCCCAGCUCCUGGGUGUAACGGGGGUGCAGAGCGAGGGCACAUGCUAUAACUCCAAUAAUGUGAGUGGACAAACAGAGUGGGUGAGCCAAAGAGCGAGAAGUGAUUGGGAGGGAACAGAAGGAAAGGGCAAGGAGAGGCCGAUUAUUUACAGCCAUAACGUGGCCUAGUGGCUGGGAAUAGGGAGUGGGAUCAGCCGAUUGGUUGUUUGGGAUGCUGACAGCUCUGAGAAUAGACGAGGGGAAGGGCUGCUCCUAUUGAUUGUACAUGAGUAAAACACAGACUGGGGAGCCAUACAGGGGCCUCUCACAUCACUGCCUCAGGGAUUUUAUUUGUUCCACUUUCCCUGGACCUUUUGUUUCUGGAUAAGGGAAUUGUGGGUCACGGCUGCGCAUGGCACCAGCAGGGGCACAUUCACUGGGGAUUUGCAGCAGAGAAGCCAAGGGAUGAGACGUCGCAAGGAAGAGUUUUGUGUAACGUUCCACAACAAAGGCUCCUGUACCAAGUGGGCUCAGCAAGGAGACAGAUGGAUUCCGCAGAGAGUUCCCGCUUUCACUUCCAUGCAGUAGAAGAAGUUGCUCCUGAGCGGAUUGGCUGCUCCCAGCCGGAUGAUGAUGAUGAUGACCAUGGGGAAACAUUUGACUUUGAUAGUGAAGGAGAAGAAGUUGAUUCUGGGACCAUCCCAGAAGCCAAAGUCCAACUGACCUCUUCCUCCAGCAGAAUUGAGAGACCCCCCUCAGUACAUAAAGUGGAAGGGCCGGACCUCCAGAACAAGACAGAGGCAGCAGCUCCUGUGUCACUAUCCAGGUCCUCCAGCAGCGUCAGUAAUGGGGAUACUGUGGGCAGGAAGAAACUCAACAUCUAUACCUGCAGCCUGAAAAGAAGUUCUGUUAAAAGGGAAUCUUCAUCUGAACACCUGUCUGUCUCCCGAGGAACUCAGGACGGAGCAAUAUAUGAGGACGUUCCAUGUGAGCCGGAGAAUCAGGAUGUGGGAGCAAGUACAGUAACUCCCUGUACCUCCGUAGGGUUGGGACACCACCUGAUCUAUGAGAACGUGCAGCACGAAGGCUCUGAGCGGGACCUUGAGGACACCGGCUGGAGCUCCAGUGAGUUUGAGAGUUACAGUGAAGACUCAGAGGAGGAGGAAGAGGAGGAGAGGAAAACAAAGCCGGCCAAACCAUUUGUACCUAAGCUUUCUCCAGACCUCAGUAGACUAAAGGAGAGGUACAGCAGGACUAAGAGGGACCUCUUGGCUCUAAGGAGCAGGGGGAGUGAUGUUCAGGAGCUGAAACACACAUACAACUGGAAGAUGACUCAGCUGAUGAAAGCCGCUCGCAGUGGUACAAAGGACGGUUUGGAGAAGACUCGCAUGGCAGUGAUGCGCAAGGUCACUUUCUUACAGCGCAAGGAAACUACAGGUGACUCUGAGGAGGAAGAAAGUGGCUUUUUUGAGGUCAGUGGACUGGACCUGGACUUGAAGCCUCCACCAUCAGAGCUUGGGCCAAUGCCAGAAGGACUCAGCGCUCAGCAGGUCCUACGGCGUCACAUUCUGGCAUCCAUUGUGCAAAGUGAGCGCAGCUACGUGGAGUCAUUACAGCGCGUUCUACAGGAUUAUCGGAAUCCCCUUGUGGAAAUGGAACCCAAACUGCUCAGUUCUCGGAAAUGCCAGAUCGUUUUCUCUCGAGUAAAGGAGAUCCUGCACUGUCACUCCGUCUUCCAGAUCGCACUGUCCUCGCGGGUGGCUGAGUGGGAUGUCACCGAGAAAGUCGGGGACCUCUUUGUGGCUUCAUUUUCCAAGUCCAUCGUGCUGGAUGUGUACAGUGAUUACGUCAAUAACUUCACCAACGCCAUGACCCUCAUUAAGAAGGCCUGUCUCACCAAGCCUGCCUUCCUGGACUUUCUAAGGAAGAAACAAGCCUCCAGCCCUGACAGGGUCACUCUCUAUGGGUUGAUGGUUAAACCCAUCCAGCGGUUCCCGCAGUUCAUCCUCCUCCUCCAGGAUAUGUUGAAGAACACGCCCCGUGGGCACCCAGAUCGUUUGUCACUGCAACUGGCACUUACUGAGCUCGAGACCUUGGCAGAGAAGUUGAAUGAGCAGAAACGGGUGGCCGACCAAAUGGCAGAGAUCCAGCAGCUUUGCAAGAGCAUCAGUGACCGCAGCUCUCUCUGUAAGAACCUCAGCUCUGGGCAGCACCAGCUUCUUCUCUGUGAAACCCUGACGGAGAUGGUCUAUGGGGACAAAGGGCAACUCCUCAAAUCCAAGGAACGGCGGCUCUUCCUAAUGAACGAUGUGCUUGUCUGUGCCAACAUUAACUUCAAGGGGCAGCCGGAUAUUGGGAAUUUAGUGCCACUCGGCCCUCGGUACGUCCUGAAGUGGAACACCCCAUUAGCUCAGAUCCACGUGGCAGAGCUGGGGCAGGAAGGCAACGUCUUUGAGAAAGACUCGGCGGCAGGGCAACAAGGGGUUAACAGGAAGCACUCGUUCUCAAGUCAGUUACAAAAUAAAGUAUCGCUGGGCUCCCCGCGCCUCUUCCAAGAGCUGCAGGAUGUCAAGCGGGAUCUUGAGGUUGUGGAACAGAUUACGCAGCUGAUCAGCACCCUGCAUGGCACCUAUCAGAACCUGAACAUGACGGUAGCGCAGGACUGGUGUCUGGGCCUGCAGAGGUUGGUGCGGCUAAAAGAAGAAGAUAUCCAGUCGGCUAAUAAAUGCCACCUCCAACUGCAGCUUCCCAGAAAGGCCGACAAGUCUGGGCGGCCAAUGAGUUUCAUGGUGGUUUUCAUCACUCCGAACCCGCUGAGCAAAAUUUCCUGGGUGAACCGUUUGCACUUGGCCAAGAUCGCACUGAGGGAAGAGAACCAGCCGGGUUGGUUGUGCCCAGAAGAAGAGAAGAAGGUGAAAGGUCCGUUUUGGUCUCCUACACUGGUGUGUCGACUCCCCGCAUUCUCCACCAAAGCUGCUGAUCUGCAGCUGGGAGGCUCGGCACACACCCCCGUCCAGAACUCGCUCCUGGGCUUCUCCUCGGUCAGCACCUCGUUACCGCAGGGAUAUUUAUGGGUUGGCGGGGGGCAGGUGGGAGGAGCAGGGCAGAUCCAGAUUUUCUCCCUCAAUCACACGUCCCCCCGAAUGCUGAAGGCUUUCCCUCUGCCCUCUUGUGUCCUCUGUGUGGAGAACGUGAGCUCCCGGGAAUCAGAAGGCACAGACGAGAGAGAAGAGGAGAGUGCGGCCGGCUCCAUGCGUCCUGCUGUGUGUGUGGGGCUGCAGGAUGGGAGCAUCAUGGUGUAUGGGAAUGUGGACACUGGCACCCCCUGUUUAAUGGCCGUGGGGAGUCCGGGGGUGCAGCCUGUGAAGUGCCUCAGGGACAGCCCAAGGUUCCUCUGUGCGGGACUACAAGAUGGCUCUGUUGUUCUCUACCCAGCAACUCAAGGAGGACUCUGGGAUCCCGGGAGCCCAUUGGUCGUACAGGUGGGAGAUGGCCCUGUGGAGGCCUUACUGGUCAUCGAUGGCUGUGUGUGGGCAAGUUGCCGAAAUAAGGUGACGGUGCUGGAGCCAGAGACCUUAAAAACUCAGACCUUCGAGGCCUCCCAGGAGGAGGGUAUAAGCGUUACCCACAUGGUGAGGUCAGGAGGAGGGGUAUGGAUGGCAUUUUCGGGCGGUUCCUCUAUCCGUCUCUUCCAUACGGAGACCCUAGAACUGCUACAGGAGAUCAACAUCGCUACUCGGACCUUGCUUUUGCCAGGACAGAAGACCCCUCGCAUCACAGCCCUUCUCAUAUGCCAAGGUUUGCUGUGGGUGGGCACAGAUUUGGGCAUUCUCAUCACGCUGCCUGUGCCAAAGCUCGAGGGGAUUCCCAAAAUCACCGGAAAGGGAAUGGCUUCCCUGAAUGGUCACUGUGGGCCGGUCCAGUUCCUCACAUUAGCCUGCAGUUCUAUUUCCCCGGAUGAGCUGAGGACUGAUCAAGGCUCAGGGGAAGACAUCAGCCAAAGUGAUGGGCUAGUGGAACCGAAGGAAGACACUUCAGAUGGGCCGUCCCAGGAUCUCCCCUCCGACAACCCUCCUCCUUCUCGCCUGAAAGGGAUCCUCCUGCAGUACCGCCUGAGAGGCACCUCCCACCUCCCGGGCCAUCACCUCUCUGCCAGGGAAGGUUCCAGGACUGACAGUUGCACCCCAGAAAACAGUGAGGAGGACGGUUCUAUCUAUGAGAUGGCAGAUGACCCGGAUGUCUGGUUUAGGAGCCGACCCUGCAGUAAAGACACUAACCGCAAGGAGAUCACGUCGGUGGUCAUAGUCUCAGGAGGGGCGGGGCAUCGCUCCUUCCACCCCUCCUCCUGCGCUUCCCAGGUGGCAGGCGACACAGACAGUACAUUGCUGAUGUGGCAGUUGCCCCUGAUCCUAUAGCGGCUGCUGUUGCUAUGGAAAGACUCUCAUUGGUACGGCUCUUACUGUUACACUGACUCUUUAGCUGGUCACUUAGAUACUCAGGAAUGUUCAUAAUGUGGCGCUUGUUGUACCUGGUGGAAAAAAGAUUGUUUCUAUUUAACUGAAAUAUAUGUCAUAUUUAUAACUA